AUGUCAAAAGAAAAAAGCCGAGUCCUCUUCAUUUCCCUCGAGCAAAUUGUGCAAAUUCCAUAUUCCUUUCCAUUUGGGCUGGAUCUCCGUUUGCCAGCCUUCAUGGCUCAUGCCGGUGAGUAA